AUGCAUAAAAUAACAUUGAAAUUUUUAGAUGAGUCUAUUGAAUAGAAAUACUAACAAGAACAUUAAUCACCAAAACGAAGAACUCAUAUUAAAAUAUUCUUAUUGAUUUUUAUUAUCCUUUAAAUCAUCAAAUUAACUAUUGCAAUAAUAAAUUAAAAUUUUGCACUAGUUUACCAGUUACUUGGGAUGAUUUCAUUCACAACUUUAUCGAAAUUCUUUAAUAUUAAUAAAGAAUAUCACUAACGAGCAUCAAUCAUAUACAUCAACAUUUGUUUUUCAAUAUAUGUGAUUUUCUUGGAUCCACGAUUAGAUACUGCAACUAUGUAUUAUAGAGGUGCUCAUUAAAUGAUCAUCAACAUUAUUAAUAUACUUGGAAUUGAAUUUUUGGAUUCAACAAUAACAAUUAUAAUAAUGUAUUCACUUAGAAUAUUUCAUCUUAUUUAUAAUAGUUCAAUUAUUGAUAUUACUUCUGUUAUAAUGGGUUUUGGAAUUAAUUUCUUAUUAAUUAUUAUUGUUUACUUAUAUCAUCAAGCAAUAAGAUCCUAAUUCCUCUUAACUUAAAUUGAUUAAAGAUGGUAAGGUAUACUUUAAUAAAUUCUUCAUAAUUAAAAAUUUAUCUUAAUCAAUUAUCAAAUAGAAAAAUUGUAAUUUUAAACUGUUACUUCCACUUUUUCAUAAUCCAUUCAGUCUUAAGAAGAUGUUAUGAAAUUUUUAAGGGAGGCCAAAGUAGAUUAUAUAGAAAAUAGUUCAUUAGAGCAAUACUUAUUUCAUAAGUUAUAACUUUUUUCUUAAAAUUGUUUGAAAAUAGUGAACCAUUCAAUAAACGUUAAAUUUAAUAAAUAAUUAAUUUCCAUUGAUUAUUCAAUAUUUUUUGGAAAUUAACCAACGAUCUUAAUUUAAACCAGUCAAUAAAUAAUAUAAUUGUAAAAAUAAUAAGUAGAGAAAGUUUGUCUAUUGUAUUUAAAAUUAUUAACUCUUUUUAUUAAAAUAAUUAAGUAAAAAAUACCUUUUGAUUAAAUAUAAUUCCAUAAACUAGCUAAUAAGAUUUAAAUUUAAGAAAUAAUCACAUCAAUUUGGAGUUAAUAAAUGUUAUCUAAAGAAAUCAGUCUUUAGAAAUCUUUGCUAAAAAUUUAAACAUUUUGUAAUCCAAACACUAUGAUUCAACUUGUUGGUUCAGACUAGUUUAUAAAUACUAUCCCAAAAAUAUUUCAUUUAUUAUUAGCUUGUAUAGUUGAUAGUUCAACUAGUAAAUUAAUCAAAAUUAAAGGUUAGACUAUGGAAAAUUAAUUGAAACUUAUUAAAAUACAAGGAAAAUUUAAUCUUAAAAAAUUAAAUGAUUAUACCAGAAAAAUUAAGAAUUGCUUACUUCUUAUAUGCAAAAAAAUCUAAGCAUAAAAAUUUUGUAUAAUUUCAAUUUAUUUAUUUUAGGUAUUGAACUUGAAUUCAAUGAGGAAAUUUAUUAACCAUUUCCAAAUAAUAAAAUGCCUUAAUUACAUUUUAAUUAUAAAAAGAAGAAGUUCAAUGAAUGA